CAUACACACCAAGCCGCUGGAAGGAGAGGGAGAAAAUUGCGAAACAAAUAUCCCAAAGAAGAAGGCGAGCUGAGUAUAAAAACCACAUGAACAGGCCUUGGAAUUACUGAUAAACGUCACAGGUGCGUUCGGAGUUCUAAGCUGAAGCGUAUCUUUGGUGUUAUUAGAUCACGUUCGGUACUUAACAGAUAGUCAACAUAGCAUAACUUCCCAGCUCAUCGUGGUCAAUAAUUCGAAAGUUUACAAAAGGAAGGCCCCUGUCCAAUGGUGUUUGGUUCCAGCGUGGUAUGGAGAUAUCCACAACAGAGAGCGGAGUACCAGAUCUGUGAAGGGUUAGAGCUUGGUGAUGGGUUUCUCAUAUUUUCAAAUGCUAGGCAUGAGAUACAAUCUGCUGAUUAUGCUUAUUAUACACCCCGUUGUUAUUCGAAAGCUCCUCUAUUAUCGACGUUUUCAUCUAUAGGUGCUGAACAUUUACCCUUUGCUCAGGAACAGUGGAGGCAGUUUACACAGACAGAGACUGGAAGUUUCAAGUACAGUGUCUAUCCCCUCAUAUACUCCCUCACGGUAGCCACGGUGAUUUGUAUCUUUAUGACCAUAAUCGUUUUCACUAACCACACGCAAAGGCCCAGUUGGCUUCUCAGAGUUUCCAGUUUCUUGGGGUCUGUAAACUUGAUUAUUCUCUUCAGCAGAGGUAUAGUAGAGCUUAGCAGGCAACACGACUUGGGUUAUGCAUCAGGUGAGGAGUUAUUGGAUGAACUUCAAGAUGAUAGCGUAUUUGGAAGUAUUGACUUUGUUGUGGUUUUGGUUGCGCAAUUUGCUCAGGUCCAGGUGAUUAUGAGACUAUUCAAUAGGGUGAAGGAGAAAAGAGCAGGAUUCAUACUUGGUGGAACAUUACUCAUAUCAGCACAAGUUAUCUGGGGUGUUUCAUCAUUUUCAAACUUUGAUCAAACUGUUGACUCUGACAUCUCAAUCUUGCCUGCUUUCACGUACCUAUUAAGAAUUGCACUUUCGAUGAUGUACUGUGGACUGAUCAUUAUCUACGGUGUUGGGAAAAGGAGAUUCAUCUUCCACAAAGAUAUAGUACUUCUAACAAUACUCACUUUCCUAACUAUAAACUUUCAGUUUGCCUUUUUUGUCGCUGAUAUUGCAGAUGUGUGGGUUUCAGAGUUGUCCGAAGUAUUCAAUACAACAAUUUAUGUCAGUGUCACUGUGAUCCCGUGGGAAUGGAUAAACAGGUUGCAUGCUCUUGAACGUCGUCAACAAACUGAGGGUAUAUUGGGGAGACCAAUAUACGAGGAGGAGUACCAUGACAUUACUCGAUAUGGACUCAUAAACGAUACAGAGGAAAACAGAACAACACCAGACGAUAAUGACCAGCCUGGUGGAUCGAGUAAUCCUUCCCCAGAGUUACAAAAUGCGAAGGGGACUAGUCCUCUGUAUUCAGCAACGGGUAAAAUGCGCAAAAGGCUGAGGGACACUCUUCAGUACACAUCAGAUACCUUAUUAUACUUUACAGAUCAGAUCAUUGCGUACGGUUUGGCCGUACCACGAUCUGUAAGUGCUAACAGCAGAGAGGAAGAUGCAAGAAAGAAAAAACUUCUCACUAAUACGAGAAAAGAAGUAUUUGUUUAUUCUAAUAAGGAAGUUGUGUGUGAUAGCGACAAUGAAAUGAGCUUGGAAUCCACGGGGAGAACGGACUAUGAUUCCCCUCUAAGCCUAAAUGAAGGUUCAUCAAGAGAUAUGGACCAGUGGAGAACUAAUAGUAAUGAUUCAUGAUUUUUAUAUAGUAUUGGAUGGUUUAUUUAGCCCAGAUUUAUGAAAUGGGUGUGGUUUAUAUUUGUCGUCAUAAACAUUCAUAAGUGGGUUGGUAAUACGUCAUUUCGAACACCCGGACACCGGCUUGAGCGGGGGG